AUGGCUGCACCACAUGCAGCGCACAAUGGGACGACGCCCACAGAAUUCCAGCAGCAGGUGGUCCGGGACCUUCACUGGGUCAUGGCUUCGCCACACUUGCUGCAGGAGAGCCAGAGCUUAUCCAUUUGGCCUGACGAUCGGGGGCGCAAGUUAGCCGAGAGGAGCCGGGAUUGGCUGCUGCAGCUCGAUUCGGACCCAAGUCCUCUACACGAGUGGCUGCUUGCGCAAGAAGAUUUUCACAGGAUAGGCCACUACUUCGCGGCCCUGGUGGAGUUUUGGCUUCGUUGGUGUCCUGUGCUCAAUGCGACCAAGGUGCUCGCGCGCCAGCAGGUCACAGCGGAGGAGCCUGCUCCCGAGAGACCGGGUCAGGAGGACUACACGACGAAUCAGCUGAAGUUUCUGGCACGUUUGGAGGGAGAUGAAGCACUUCAUCUUGAGGCUGCAUUUCACUUCAGCUUAGCUCGAGGACCCCGGGAGGUGGACGUGGUGGCCUCGCGCUUCGCUGGAGGAUUCUUGCACGAGUCCUUAUGCUGGCGCAUCCUGGAAGCCCGAAUCCGGGCACGACUUGCGGCGGAAGCUUCUGUGAAGAAGCAGCUGCAGGAGUGGCUGGGCGCGUCUCCAAGCUUCCAAUUCCUCCUCCGCGGUCGCGUCUUCUUCGAGGCCCGCUCGGUGAUGUCGAUGCGGAGCCUCAAAGACCCGCUGAAAUGCCCUGCCAGUGAGGGUUUGGGCUUACUCAGCUCUUCGCAGCCGGUGGGCUGGUGGACCUGGGAUCCCUCCGAGCUCUUGACUGCUCCUGGUGCUCACGAGUCACGGUGCCGUGGCGGUGCCAGGACUUCGGUCGUUCCAUGGGGUGGUGCAUGGUGA